GAGUCUUAGGUAGAGAUGAGAUCUCCUCCUCUAAGUGUGGUCUGUGCUCUCCUCGUGCUCUCGUUAUGUCGUUGGUCGCGUGCCUUCUCUGGACUCUGCUCGGUGGGUCGCUGGGGGGUCCGGUCCAGCUUGCGGGUUGGCCCGAGGCCUUCAAACAGGUCCAGACGGACCGGGACGGAGCUGCGCGCCCCUCGGUCCACCACCUGCCUAUGUCCCUGCACGCACGAGGACCUGUUGUAGCGCGCGAGCUGUUCCUGCCGGUCCCUCUUAAGAGACCGAUCCCCGCAGAGAUCACCGCGUUGCUGCUCCCGCACACAGCCCCGCACACAGCUCUGCAGCAGGGAACCGGGACCCGCGCCGUGGAGGUGUGGUGCGGGGACGAUCAGGUGUCUGUGCGUGUGGACCGCUUGCAGCUGAGCGCGUGGACGGAUCCGAACCUGUUCAGUCUGGGCUCGUGCGGGGUCAGCAAGGUCAGCACGCGCUUCCUUUAUUUCCACAUCAGACUGACGGAGUGUGGAGGAGAGGCGCAGGUGGUCGGAGGUCAGCUGGUGUACUCUCUCACUCUGUGUUACACUCCUCCCCCUCAAGGCAUGGUCAUCAGAGUGGUACCUCUGACGCUUCCCAUCCACUGCUAUUACGACAGGUUUCAUUACUCGUACAAAGUCGGCUUCAGACCUCAAGUCCAGCUCAAAACGUUUCUGAAGAGCAUCCGGAGUAAACUCAGCUUCAGCCUCACAGUCUGCAAUGCGCAGUGGGAGCCCCUCCCCUCAGGUCACUGGUUCGUUCUGGGGGAGCCGGUGUAUUUCGUGGCCCAGGCGGGAGCUCUGCUGGCCGGGGAGAGACUCUACGUGGACUCGUGCUACGCCACCAGCUCCAAAGACCCAACCAGCCAGCACAGAGCAGACAUCAUCACCAACUACGGCUGCAUGACGGACAGCAGGAGGGAUGGCAGCAGCUCCCGUUUUCUGUCUGCAGGGGGCGCUGUGCUCAAGUUCUCUGUGGACGCCUUCCUCUUCAGAGCGGUCUCACAUGUUCUGUAUCUGCACUGCUCCGUGUCGGUCAGUCUCUCUUCCUCGCACUCCUCAAAGUCCUGCAGCUUCAACACGGCCACUAACAGGUGGGAGGAGCUUGAAGCCCCGCCCUCAGUCUGCUCCUGCUGUGACUCCAGGUGCACUGACGGACAGGACGCUGUGAAGAGCUCCGUCAGCAGUCAGGGCUGGUUCAUGGCUCAGGAAGCUGAACUGAAGCCGAGGAUGAUGCAGAGAGAGGAGGACGGCCAGAGGACAGAGUCGGCUAAAGGCAGUGUUAUGAUGUCGGACCAGGCCAGAAAAGAGGACAAGAGAAGGUUCUCCCUGAGCGAGGGGGGAACAGCAGCGUUAACGCUUCUAAAGACGAAUCGGGAAAUACGACUGUUACCCCAACAGACUCCGGUCCAGGUGUGGAUCACAGGAACACAAGUUCUCCUAGUUCUGCUGGAAACGUCUCCACAGCUAUCUGUCCUGAUGGAGAGAACUCCAGAUGCAGGAACAGUUCUGCUGCGGUCAGAGCGGUCCUCCCAUCUAAAGAUAGAGCCACGUCUGAGAGCAGUGGAUCUGGUUCUGGUCUGGAUUCAAGUGUUCAAGAGAGUCCUCUUGGCAGUGAAUUGGAAACCUUAGCCGGGUCAGAACAGGCAGAGUCUGGUAAUAAAUCAGCAGACACUAAACCAGAGCGGGUACCAGAGCCAGCUGGCCCAGUGGACGGUAAAGGACCACAUGAGGAUGAAACGCUUCACAGUGUGCAGAUCAGAGGGGUAGAGCCAGAUCCUCAUUCAGACGGGUUCAGGGAUCUGAUCAGAGGGCUAUUUGAAGUUUCUGGUUUUGAUUCUGGACGUCAGGAGGGUGGAACUCUUCAUCCGGGUCAGUUUACUGAAGGAGGGCUAUCUGCUGGACGACACAGUGUGGCCUCAGACUCUGCUGGAUCAGACAAUCUCGGUCACUUCUCCGUGGUGACAGUGACUGAGUCUCGACAGGACUCUGAGAACGGUAGCGUGUUGGACAGGGAGUGGGCUGAGGGAUGGGGCCUGCAGAAUCUCCUGCUCAUGACGGAGCAGACGGAGACAGACAACUUCUUUUAAAGGUGUUUGUUCGUGUUCUGGGUCUGAAGACUCAAAGAUGUGGAAGUAUGUGAUGAUGAUAUAUGUUCGGCAGGAUGUUGUGAGGACCAGGAGCAGAAGAGGAGCAGCUGAAGAUCAUGGUAUCAGAGUAUUGCAGCUGUUUCUCUGAAAUGAAGAAACUGCCUUCAGUUUGUUGAAACUCAGGGAUCAUGAACACUAACAGGACUUCACUAACAUCGACCAACGUUAGACUUUCAGGCACACCUCGUCAUCCUGAUGAUCACCUGGCUGAAUCCCUGUGGACGUUUUGAUUAAUAAUAAAAAUAUAUUUGUCUAACUUUG